UAAUCAUGCCAGUUUCAAUUAUUUUGAUAACAAAAAAGAUUCAAGUUGCAGUGCCUGGAGUCUGAAACUGUACUCGCCCUGCAGAGCUGGGUGAACAUAGAGUCUCCUACCCCAGCCCCCAUGGGACGCAGGACCCACCAUGCCCAGGUAAAUAAACUGAAAUAACACAAAAAGACAAAAAUACCACAAAAAAUUAUUUAACAAGAGAAUUUCAUGAGCCUCUCCUCAAAAUAAUCAAAUAUAAAAUGUAAAAUGAUCUCAGACUAUUAGAGAAAAUUAAGCAAAGUAAAAUAAUCUGUAUUAUCAGUGAAGCCUUAUAGUGGAGGCCGCAUAAGUGGAUUUUCAUUAUAAGCAGAGUAUGGUUCAGAAAAUAUUAUUCAAAUGGCCAAAGUUCAUUGGCUAUUAUCUCUAAGUCACUUUGCAUAAAUUAAUGUUCAAAACUAGUGCACAGAGUUUACAGUCCAAGAAAAAAUUCCUCUAUGCCUGUUUCCCCCCCAGAAGAUAAUAUCUAUGGUAGCCAGUCUCUGUGCUUGGUAAAAGACUUCCAUAUAAGUGGUGAGACAAGUGCAGUCUUGUUAAAUGAAUACCAGGCUAGGAACCGGGAAUUCCAGAGUUCUUUCUGUGGAACUCACUUGGUGUGUGACCUUGGGCAGAAGGUCACUUACGCUUUCUGUGUCCUUAUUUUCUAGUAUAUAAAAUAAAAAAUGAUUUUUCUGUAUCUCUGCAGAAUGCUGUGCAGUCUUGUCAAGGGAUGAUGUUAAAGUCCUUUGAGCAGAUUAACGUUAUAUAGUGCUCAGGAUAUUUCGCAUGGUAACGGGCCCCAUCAUGACCGCUGCUGUGUCUACAAUGAAAGCAACUUGGUAGAUGGAGUUUACUGCCUGCCAAUAGGACACUGGAUCGAAGUCUCUGGACACACUGAUGAGAUGAAGCACACAACUGACUUCUAUUUUAGUAUUGCAGGCCAUCAAGCCAUUCACUAUUCCAGGAUUCUGCCAAACAUCUGGCUGGGAAGUUGCCCUCGGCAAGUGGAGCAUGUAACCAUCAAGCUAAAACACGAACUGGGUGUUACGGCUGUAAUGAACUUCCAGACUGAGUGGGACGUUGUUCAGAAUUCCUGGGGCUGCAACCGCUAUCCAGAACCCAUGAGCCCAGAGGUCCUUAUGAAACUAUAUAAAGAGGAAGGCCUUGCUUAUGUCUGGAUGCCAACCCCAGACAUGAGCACUGAAGGAAGAAUACAGAUGUUGCCUCAGGCUGUCUGUCUCCUGCACGGGCUGCUAGAGAAUGGACACAUCGUCUACGUACAUUGCAAUGCUGGUGUUGGCAGGUCUACAGCCGCAGUCUGUGGCUGGUUAAAGUAUGUGAUGGGAUGGAACCUAAGGAAAGUGCAGUACUACGUGGCCUCCAGGAGACCUGCUGUCUACAUAGAUGAGGAAGCUCUGGCUCGUGCUGAAGAUGAUUUCUAUCAGAAAUUUGGCCCGCUUCGCUACUCAUGCAAACCUUAGUGGUAGGAAAGCUGAUUGGAGGAGGGGAGAGAUUCCUUGCAGUGUUGCCAACCCCAGGCAUUCAAAAUUCGUAGUCAGACCACCCAAAUUCAUGUGUGUGAGUGAGAAAGUGUGUGAAAAAUCGUGAGAUUUCAAAACAAUAAUUAGUUUAGUCUUUUUUUAUUUGCCUUCUGUUUUUCAGCCUUUGGGGUUCGUUUUCAAACUUUUCUCCGCAACCAGGUGGGUUAGGAACUUACUUUGCAAAACAAAAGCUGAGAUUCUCGUGUACUCAUGUUACUCCAGGAGCUGGGACAAAUAUCACAAGAUACAACCAUGUGAGAUGGCAAGACUCUGGUAGGAAGAAGAUGGAGCAAUGCGGAAGGGCUAUGUAAAGAAAUAAAAGUCAAUGGUGUGGGGGUUUUGUUUUUUUCUGGCUUGGGUAGUCAAGGUUGUUUGACCGUUUCAGGUACAGCCUUCUGUUUUGGUGUGUUUAUGAAGAUGUUUCUAAUGAAAUGGUCUGACUGAGAAGCAGAAGAAGGCAUUUGAUUUAUGCAGUUGUGUUUCUGUAACAAACAAGUUAAAUUCAGUUCAUUAGGCAAGAGCUGCCCUUUCUCUCGCGUUUAGGUUUAUAGUUAAUGUGAUUUAGUAAAAUUUACUGCUGUACUUUGUUAUGGUGCUGAGGGUAUUGUAGAUGCUGUGCAGAAAGGUGGGGAAAAGUUCCGCUUAUGCAUAUUUAAUCUACUGCAAGGCAGAACUCUUGGUUUAUUAGAUUAUCCUAGAGUAAGAUUUCUGGGGCAGGGACUGUUUUUGUUUUCCUCAUCUGUACAGUGCCUGACGCAGAGCCAUGAUCCUUGAUUAGGGCCUCUUGGUGCUACCACAAGAUAAAUAACAAUAAAGAAAAUUGAGUUAAAGCAGAAGAUAUGGGAGGUGGCCUGGUGAGCCUAUAUGCAGGCUGUGCUGUUGAGUUUAGAGUCCGAGGUGCAGUGUCCGUCUCAUUCCCCUACUUGGUGUUGCCUGGAAGUUCUGCAAUAGCAAUUAUCUCUUGCUCCUGUAGAAGACAAGUGCUUCCACUGCUGCUCAGAUGUCGCUGUCCCGUUACCUAAACUAGGAAGGGCAUCAUUAGCCUCCAGAGUCCAAACAAGCCCCAUUCAGCCAAAAAUAGGUGCUGCAACUCAUGACCUUGAGGUGAGGAAGUGGAGAAAUUCCUCCUCUGAGGGUCUGAUUGGGUGGGAGAAUUGCUUGUUAAGGAUACAAAAAUUAAAAAACUAAUUUCUAGAGGCAGGUGGCUGAACUAAAUCCCUUUUCCAGUUAUUUUUAGAAAAAUUAUUUAUCUAUAUAGAGAUUUAUUCCGUGAUAAAGAGGUGUUAAGAGACACAUGACCUUAAUAAUAAGAAAGUCCUACUACUGGAGACUUGUUAGCGAUCUCCCUGUUACAAUAUGAUGGGCACUGUUCACGGAGAAUGUCCAUCAUAAUAUAUUUUGCUUUAUCUUUUACCCCUCAGAUGUGAAGAAGCUACUGGAAGUUAUUUUAAAUGUAUGUAUUUGAUCAUCACUUUAUUUCUGAUUUCUAUUUUGAAAUAAUGUAUGUCACCAGUUAGAUACUGGAUGAAACUAUAGCCCAAUGUUAAAUAAAAGCCUUAUGGCACUUCCAUAAGUGGGUGUUUUCUCA